UUUGCCCUUCCAAUUUCAGCUGAAUCCUGGACGGAAGUUGAUGAAAAUGGUGAUGAAUACGAAUUGAAAAAAUUCACCAUUCAAGGACGUCAAUUGAAUGGUGGUCGUUCACAAUGUGUUGUGACGCGUCGUAAGAGGGCAACAGUUGCCGUCAUACCUGUCGAGGCUAGAGACCAAGAAGAUGAUGACGAUGAAGAGGGAGAUGAUUCACAAGAAAAUGUUGGCUAUGCUGGUGCCUCCGGGUUGCAGCCACAUGCUGUUCUCUUCUAUUCACCUCCAACCGAAGAUGAAGGUGAUGAGGCAGAAGAGAAUUCGCAAGAUGAUGAAGAUAACGAGGAAUUUGAGAAUUUGGACAGUAACGGUAAUGCCAUGGCCCAUGUUGUGGUUAAGGCUGAUACUGUUAUUUUGGCAACAGAUGCCAAUGGAGACUCGGCCUUGAUAAAUAAUGGUAGCAACAACAAUAACAGGGGUCACGAUGGCGAUGAUGAAGAUGAGGAUGACACCGGUUUGGUGGAGGAGGCAGCCGAUACAAUUGAAUUGGUCCAUGUGCCACAAGUGCCAAUUAUUGGCCAAUUGCAGAGUGAAGGCCAAUCGUUAGCUGCCAUUGCUGCCACCGCCCCAGCAGCCAUUCUCAAUGAAACCGAAACAGAUAGUGCUGUCAUCAUUGAAGCAGCUAAGCCACCCAAAGUUAAUCCCAAUACCCAUGCCGUUUUCGAGUUGGUUCCAGUCAAGCCCGGCAGUGAUGAUGAUGAAGACGAUGAUGAUGAGGAUGAUAACAAAGAGCUGGCUGCCGCCUCCGAUUCUAUACAAGUAGCUCAAAUUGGCCAUGUUGCCAAUGGUGUCCAUGUUAUUAAUCUGGCCGAGUUGGAGGGUGAUGAUGACGAUGAUGAUGAUUUCCACUACAACGAGGAGCUAAGUCCAGUGACCACCACAGCCAUUUGGUCCACGGGUGCCGAUGAUGAUAUAUCUCAUCUUUUGCCAAUCAAACGACCAAAUAAAAACAACAAAAAUAGACUGAAACGCCGCAAGAAUCAAAUUGCCAAUAGGCGGCCAAUUCGCCGCAACAAAUACAAGAAUCAAAAAAAUAAACUUUCCCAAGGGAAUGGCAAUAAGAGAAGGCCAUUGAGAAGACCAAAUCGUGAGGAGCUGGAGACAUCCGUUGGCAACAAGAACAAGGAGAAAGAUACCAAAAAGAAAACCACGAUAAACAGGACCGGAACAAAGAAACCUACCAAGUCCAAGAAAAAGAAGACCUCCAUCACAAAGAAGAAGACCUCGACAAAGAAGAAAACUUCCAACAAAAAGAAGACCUCGAAUAAAAAGAAGACCUCCACCAAGAAGAAGACUAGCAGCAAAAAGAAGAACAAGAAAACCAAGAGUAAAAAUAAAAACAAAAAGAAGAACAAGAAUAAGAAUAAGAAAUCCAAAAAUAAGAAGACUGGCGUCAAAGGCUCCAACAAGGACAAGAAGAAUAAGAAGAAGACAACGGCUGUAGUCCAUUCACCCACAACAACCUCAGAAUAUUCACCCACAUCCUACACCACACCCACCACCACCAGCGAUACCACGCCCACCCGCCUCUCUGUGAAGGGUGACAAAAAGAAAACGAAAAAGAAGAACAAUCGCCGCAACCGAAGAAAAACCAAACGCAACUCCCAGCGUCAAUUUGCCAACGACACCAUGAAGAACGGUGACAAUGGCGACAUCUACUCCCAAACCGUAACCGAAACUGAUGAUGAAGCCGAAACCGGCAACGUUAAUUGCAUUUACAUACGCAAAGAUGCACCCACAACGACGACAACACCGCGUCCCUUCUGGAAUCUGUUGGGACGCAGUGCUAAUGAAGGUGCACCCGUUGCAUCGGGACGUUAUGGCAUGCGUAAGCGUGUCAACUUGCGUCCUCUAGCCUAAGAUUAGUAUUAUUGAUAUGUAUUAGCCAAAAAAAGACGAAGACAAAUAUAAAAUUACAACAAUUAUUUAUUAAA